UCUCAUCUUCGUUCUCGUGUUGGCUACUCGAGGUUUUCCACAGCAUUAUGACAUUAUUAUACGAAAAAUAACUAAUGAUAGGGACCUCUUGGCUUUUUUCAUUGUACUCGUCACCCUUGACACUGUCUGGAUGCUUUUCAUAACAUAUUUUCUAUUUUCUAAUGAUACUGUUGAAAGAUUGGCACUGAUUGAUUUCAUAUUGUCAAUAUUAUUAACAAGAGUAAGUCUUCUGCUCUUCAUUGGAUUCUAUACCAGAUCAACUGCAAUGGUGCUUAUACAAGAACGAAUGAAGAUGGAAGAAGAAGACGUAGACGAACUGACAAUGCCAAUGCCAAUGUACAAUUUUUAGAUGACUC